AUGUCAAUGGUAUAUUCAGACAAUAAGGGUUCUGAGGGUGUAGUGGGUUGGAGGGAGGCGCUAAGCCCACUUUCAGAAAAUUAUUUGGGGGAGGUUCUAUCAACUCUCACCAUCCUCCCAUCCACAACCUUAAGACAACAGACUUCGAUCUUCGGAAUGGACCACAUUCCUGUCCCUUACAACCUCCAACCUGUGAACAAAGAUACAACCAUGGCUGAAGUCUCGAAGCCGGACUGUGUGCAGCGCGAUGCUGCAGCAGUUCCUACACCCGCGAACGACGCCCACCCCCAUACGUCCCUCAACGCUCAGGAAGUGGCCGACAGCCUUAAGGGCUUUGCGAAACUGGCUCCUGAACUGACCCAAAUGAUAUUCGAGUUGAUGACCAUCGAUGAUCCUCGAAUCAUUGAAGUGUUGUGGAACGAGGAGAAAGGCUUCUAUACCAACGCCGAAGUACCCACAGUCCUACACAUCUGUAGCCAGUCUCGCAGUGUAGCGCAAAGGGUGUUCUCAGCCAUGGUCUUGCAGAACUGUAAAUCAGGUAGUGAGUCACCCGACGGCCUCCCGGACAGGUACGACCCAAAGAUCAACAAGGAAGGUCCAUACACGGGUGUAGUCACUCCAUUCGGAGCAUAUGUGAACUUCAGCCUCGAUACCAUCUACCUCUCCUUCAGUGACAUCGAAAUGCCAAACCUCAAACUCGACCAGCUCUCCACUACCUUUAUGACAGAACUCAAAGCCAAAGAUGUACCGAUUCAGCACGUUGCAAUCGAUUACAAACAAAGCUACUAUGUCUGGCAUCAUUUCCUGAGUCAACACCAAUCGUUGAAGAGCAUCUCUUUGGUAGCAAAUGAUCGAUGCAUGUCACAUGAUAUCGCCGAUGGCACGCAAGAGCUUCUGCUCCAGCAUCUCACACCUGCUCCCUAUCGACCAGCAGUCGCACUUAAGGAGAGGACCCUUUCGAGAGACUCAACUGUCCAAACGGUCGAACUCAUCAAGACUUUCUUGCCAGAUGUGAAGAAGUGCUUGAUUUAUACUGUUCUACGAGCGAAGGAGUACGACACGAGGAUGGCUUACGACUUUCUCCUUGAUUACAUCUUUUACGGGGUACAGUUGCCUCCUAUUGAGUACAUUGACUCUGUGAAGAGAUGGGACAGGAUGCAAGGUGCAGUAGCCCGCAAAGAGGGAAAGUCAUUGAAGAUAGCCCUGCAAGACGCGGAAUUUGAAUUCAGGAAAGCAUUUCUGAAGAACAACUGGAGCGUGGAGGAUAUCAGGAGCGUCAAGUUCUCCAUGGUCGAUGUGGUUCGUGCUCGAUCCAAUAAGGUUGAGAAUGGCGAGUAG